AUGGAAUGUUCUAAAGAACAAGAAAAUGCUACCAUUUUGCUAAACCCGCCUCAGCGAUCUCACGAAGUAAAUAAUGACAAGAUAAUUAGUCACACCACAGAAAACAACGCAGAUAAUACAAACCAUACUGGCGAAUUCACAAAUGAUAAGUUCAGCAAAAACGAACAUAAUGAAAAUGAUGAUGAUGACGAUGACAAUUCAAGUGAAACCGAAGAAUCUAAUGACGAAGAAGGCGAUGAAAAAGAUGAUGAUGAUGAUAAGCAUGAUUCAAGUGAGAAAGAAGAACAAGAAGAACUUAAAGAGACGAAUAUUUUGCUACUGCCAACAAAAAGUUCUCAGACGUUUUCUUUAUCAAUAACUGAACACGUUAAUAGUUCAGCGAGCAGCGAUACACAGUCAGAUGGUACCGUAAACCUCGAUAAAACAGCUGUAAAAACCAGUGAAACUGAAGAAAUCUCUGUUACUAUUGACACAAAUGUGAAUCUGGAAAAUGUCAACUAUACUGUGAUCAUACGUCACACCAAAGAAGACACUGGUGACCCUAAAGAUCAUGAUGCCGAAGGCAUAAUUGACAUGUUUAGCGAAAGCGAAAAUAAUAAAGUUUACGACGAUGGUGACAUUUCAAGUGAAACUGAAGAAACUGAUGAAAAUGGAGGCAUUGAAGAUGAUGAUGAUUAUGAAGAAGAUUAUGAUGAUUAUUUUGAAGAUGAUGAAGACGACGAUGAUGAUGAUGAUUAUUAUGAAAAUAAUGAUGGUGAAGAUUCUGAGGAUUCAAGUGAAACCAACGAAGCGAAUGAGGGUGAUGUUGAAAUGGGAACAUUAGAACAAAAAGAUCAAAAGGAAGAAGACGUAAUUAAAUUGAAUCCCUCUAUAGUAAACGGACGCGUCGAUGAUGUUCACAUUGCAAAAAUUGCAAACGUUACAAAAGAUACCGAAGAUGAACUAGUGGAAACUGUACUGUUGCAGGGUGUACCUGUUGAAUCAAACGAGGCGUCGUCCACGGGCUACAACACAGCAACCAUUUGA